AUGUCCUCCUCUGAACAAGACGAUACAUGGGCUUACAUCAAUCAUCAGCGAGGACAACCACAUACCAGACGAUUGACUACAAGUCGUUCGUCCAGCACCGUCUCCACCUCUCGCUUCUAUAACAGCAGCACAACGCCUACUGCUACAGCCAACAAACCAGCAGCAACCAAGCCUGAGUGGCUCACCACUCAAAUGAUGCCUCCACGCAACUCGUCUGAUUCAGAGGUGAGCAACCUUGUGCCCUCUUACCUGGACAUCUUGAACAACACUCUAGAGCACGAUUGGCUAGACACCUACGACUCUCCUCAUCCACAAGAAACCACGGCUAUCCACCAGCAGGACGCUCCCUCGAGAUCCACCAACCGACGCACAUUCCACCACCAAAACCCCACCACUGAGAAGGAGCCCAUCACUGUUCGAAAGACCAGAUCCAUGAGAGACCAUACGCCCAGAACAAAGCUAAGAUCGCCUCCACCUCCACCGCAACAUCCAGACAUCUUUCAUGACCAACCUCGUCUACCAGAGAAAAAGCAAUCCAUGCAAUUCAUGAACAAAGUCAAGCGAAAGCUAAGCUUCAGCAAGGACAAAAAGACGUCGCCUCAGCCAAGCAGCAAUGAUCGACUCAGUUUGCCUGCUUCAACUCGUGAGCCGAGAAGAACGGUGUCUUCCAGCAUAUUACCACACGAUGCUCCUCCAAAGUUACCCCAAUCUACGAAUACUACUACUACUACUACUACUACUACUACUACUACUAUUACUACUACUACUACUACACCUAAUCAUAAUACUUCUAAUAUUAAUAAUGGAUUGUCUGAAUAUCAGGGAUAUUCUCGUCAUAGUCGACAUCGAUCAUUCACCUAUUCCCCACCGCCACCUCGAACGAGCAGCCUGAAUGCAUCCGACGUACCUGCUGUGCCUCCCAUUCCAGCCGUGCCCAAGCUGCAACAAGCAUUGAAAUCGAGAACAAAUUCAGUUGUUGUGCGAAAGAAAAAGAGUGGAGAUAGUACCAUCAGUGGCGGCAGUGAUUUGUCCAGUGCAGUCAGCAGUAGUCGACCUACCAGCGAUAAUAGCAAGAUACAGCAUCGACAGCAGACAGCAGACAGUAAAUUGACAUCACCUACACUGACGCCCAUUGAGCAAACCAUGCAAUUGACCCCAGCAACCUCUAUCUAUGCCAUGAACCUGAGUCAUGAUCUAGCAGAGAUUGAAAAGGACAUCAAGGAGCUGGAAAUACAAAGAGACAGGCACUCGUCGUUUAUUAAUGCGAGCGAGCUCAAGGCAAAAAGGCAUGAAUCCACAGUGGAUCCACCUGUGCGGGAACAGUCCUUGCCUCUAUCACAGUCUAUGUCUCAGCACGCCAUAGCAGCAGCACCCGUCUCCAACAGCAAUACGACCACCAAAACGAUCGGACGUAAGCGAGGAAAGACAUUGCCUGGUAGUUUGGCUACACCUCCACCUAUACCAACGAUGCCAUUACCCCCAAUGACCUUGAAUCCUAUACAAAUGACCAUUCCCAGCAACUUGCAAAAGAAGCCUUCCACAGCUGCAUCGAUACAACUGCGACAAAGUACGUCGACAACGCCUUCUUCAAGUAGUAACAAGAUCAAAUUGGCUCAUCUCUCGUCACUGGAUGAUUUCUCUCCUGCAAACAAGAAACAGCCAUUAACCAACAGCCAUGCCAAAGCGCCUCCUGGCCACGAUCUUGGCUCGGGUGGUCUGGGAUACGACAUUAAACGACUGGAACGGAAACCAUCACUAUCCAAUGUGAUGCCCAAACGAAAGAGCCAUAUCCCCACGUCAAACACCAGUAAAGAUGUUUCAUUGACAGCAGCAGCAAGUAGUAGCAUGAGUACGUCUGCCAGCACAAAGGUCAGAAGAGCUGCUAGUUGCCGUCAGCCGAAUACCCAGCAUCAAGUGCCCAUACAGGCUGCACCAGCAAAGAUACACCUGAGUCAGCAGUUACUUUUGCAGCAGCAGCAGCAACAGUACCAACAGCACCAACAACAACAUGCGCACCAUCAUCACCAUCACCAUCACCAUCACUCACAUCGUCAUCAUCACCAUCACCAUAGCAACAGCAAUGCCAGCAAAUCUGCAGCUACACCUCCACCACCUUCAGCCAGCGCUAAUGCUGCAGCUGCUCCCUCCCCUUCAGUCGUCGAAGGGGCCAGAUCGCCCAAGAGCAUCUCGACCGCUCUCAAAUACUACGGCCAAUACCUGAGCGACUAUGAAAAGCAAAUCGAGAUUCACGAUUACAGCCAAAUCUACUUUGUGGGACCCCACGCACAGACAAAACACACAGCUGGUGAACACAAUUUCGGAUUUGACGACGAAAGAGGAGAUUACAAGAUUGUGAUGCAAGAUCAUUUAGCCUAUAGGUACGAAGUCAUCGAUGUCCUUGGGCGCGGUUCAUUUGGUCAGGUUGUCAAAUGCUUUGAUCACAAGACGGCACAAAUGGUAGCCAUCAAGUUGAUUCGCAACAAGAAGCGGUUCCAUGCGCAAGCCAUUACAGAAGUGAACAUUCUAAAGAAGCUGGUGGAAUGGGACCCACAAGACCAGUUUCAUACCAUACAGAUGACGGAUUACUUUUAUUUCAGAAAUCAUCUGUGCAUUGCCUUUGAAUGCUUGUCGAUGAACUUGUACGAGUUUAUCAAGAGCAAUCAUUUCCAAGGUUUUAGCUUGAGUUUGAUUAGAAGGAUGACUUUUCAGAUACUGCAAUCACUCUCCAUGCUGGCAGAACACAAUGUCAUUCACUGCGAUUUAAAGCCUGAAAAUAUCAUGUUGAAACAUCCUGCAAAAAGCUCAAUCAAGGUCAUUGAUUUUGGCAGUAGUUGCUUUGAAUCAGAGCGCGUGUAUACUUAUAUUCAAAGUCGAUUUUACAGAUCACCUGAAGUUAUUUUGGGUAUUUCAUACCACAAAGCCAUCGACAUGUGGAGUGUGGGUUGUAUUAUAGCAGAGUUGUAUACGGGAUUGCCAUUAUUUCCUGGCGAAAAUGAGCAAGAGCAAUUGAGUUGCAUUAUGGAGACCAUGGGAUUGCCGGAUAGACACCUUGUUGAACGAUGCUCGCGAAGGAAGCUGUUUUUCGAUUCCAUUGGAAAUCCUCGCAUCGUGGCCAAUUCCAAAGGCAAGAAACGAUAUCCAGGUACACGAUCCCUGUUCCAAGCACUCAAAUGCCAUGAUCUUGUGUUUAUCGACUUUGUUGAACGCUGUCUGCAAUGGGAUCCAUCCAGACGUAUGACGCCGCAAGAAGGCCUGAAGCAUGAGUGGAUCACCCAUAUCAGCGCCAACGAUGCCAACCCAGUGUCGUUUCUGUCUUCAUCGGCUCUAUCCAACAAUAGGUAUUGA